AUGGCCGACCCAACAAACCAAACCCUGCCAACCCACUCCUACCCUCCACCCUCCCGAAUCCACACCACCCUCUCCCGGCUCACCCACCAAUCCCACCCCUCAUCGUCAUUACCACAAACUCAAUCUAGUGGUUCCGCCUCACGCCUAAAAGCAACCCUCCAAACCCUCCUCACAGGCGGCCGCAAACCCCUCCUGCGCUGGGUCGCUCUACUCAUCAUCCUCUCCCUCACUCUUCUUUUCGUUUAUUUCAAUUUGUAUGGUAGAGGGGAAGGAGGAAAGGGUUGGGGGUUGGGAGAAUGGAGUAGCGGGAUGGGGAGGUUUGAGUAUUGGGAGAGUGUGCAGGAGGGGUUGGGGAAGCCCAAGGGUGGGGUUAUGAUGGUUCCGGGGAGGGGAGGAGGAGGAGGAACUGGUGCGGGUGCAGCGUAG